AUGGCGCGAUCACUGUAUGAUCUUCCUGCCUGUGCUCGUGAUGGCAUUGUUGGCGGCCACUCCGCCGAUCCGAACAGAUUGGAACCUAAGACAAGUGAGGCAGUGACUGGCCCCCACUACGAUGGUUUUCGACUGAGCGCAGAUGCUCAGACCUUCAUCCCAAGUGGCAGUGCCCUUGUCAGAUCUGAGCACGAUCGUUCUUGCAUUUCACAUGAUCCCGUUGCGGAAGAUAUGAGGAGCGGUGCUUCCAGAACAAGCCAACUACAUCAAGGGCCGUCCCCUGAGAUCCUCACUGCUGGAUCCAUCCACCUCAUAGUCAACGACAUGGUCCGGCGCGCAGCGAUACUAGACGGCCACAGCCACGAAAUGAUACAAUUCAUUCUCGAUAACAUCCAGCGCUUCUGGGCGUUCAGACUUGAGGAUGAGCUGGACGCAAUCCGCUCAACUGGUUAUUGUACCUCAAGCCACAGCCACGAGUCCUCUUCCACGGCUUCUUCUGCUUCCACCGAAGCCAGCUUCCAUACCGCUGUCUCUUACCCAGUUGAUAGUGACCUUGACCUCCUCGGGCCAGAUAAGUCCGGAAAUGGUGAGACGGCCUCGAUGGGGACUCAUGCUUGCGAUGCGAACGAUGCAGCUUGA